AAAUAAUGAUUUAACAUUUCGUGAAUAUUAAAAUUUGUGGAGUGAUAAAAUUAGAUAAGUAGUGUAAACGUACCUGGUAAUAAUACAAAAGACAAUUUAAAAUAAAUUUAAUUAAUCAUUUGGCUUUAUUUUUAUUUGUGAAAUUUAAUCUUAAAAUGACUAUAGGUACAUCAUGUGGAAUUCAGAAGGAAAAACACUAAAUGAAAAUAAUAGUGGACACUGUAAAACAAUAUUCAAACAAACUUUUAAAUUUACCAAAGAUAUACCAGAACAAAAAAUUUCACCUGAAGGAUUUUUAAUACGAGACUGUGGUUGCGUCAUGCGAUUUUUACCUAAUUUAGAUAAUAAAUUAAAUAAGAAUAAGUUACAGCUCACAACCAUUAACAAGAACCAAAAUCAUCAGAAAAACAUCAGCUAUAUACACCAUCGUAAUAAUUUAAAUCAAACAAAAGUUAUUUCAACCGAAAUGUAUCGAUCAACAUUUUGGAUGGAACCAAGAAUAGUCCCUAUUAAGUAUACAACUGAACUAAAUUUCAACUUGGAAUCUCCUACAAAAAGAUUUACAGAAACAAUUGAUUUACAGAUGAAAUUAGUUCCUUGUCCAUAUAUUCAGCAAAUUGGGACUACAAAGCAUUUUAAAACAUCAAUUGAGACAAAAAUACAAUCAGAGUAUACAUUACCAUUAAAUAUUACUAUUUAACUUAAUUGCAUAUUUAGUCUUAUAUUGAUUAUCAAUAAUAAACAUACUAGUAUAACUAUUUAUACAUAAUUCAUAAAUUAAAGGA